AUGACACGACAGACACCUUUGACACCUCUACCGCUAGGGGAGUUUGCCUAUAACAACCGUUACCAAGCUAGCAUCGGGAUGGCCCUUUAUGAAGCAGUGUACGGACAACCAUGUCGAUCACCCAUCUAUUGGACCGAGGUUAGAGAAGAUGCUCUGUUUGGAUCUGAGCUAGUCCGAGAAACUACUGAGAAGGUAAAGGUGAUCAGGGAGCGACUUUUGACUUCGCAGAAUAGACAAAAGAGUUAUGCUGACAAGAGAGUAAGGCCUUUGACAUUUAGCAUGGGAGAUCACGUAUUCUUAAAAAUCAAGCUGCGAAGGGGAAUCAUCCGAGUUGGCAAGAAAGGGAAGUUAUCGCCUCGCUACAUUGGUCCUUUCGAAAUUUUGGAGCAAAUUGGAGAGAUAAGCCUACUUUACCGCCGCAGAUCGCCAAGUUCACGUCUUUUCCAUGUUUCUAUGCUACGGAAAUAUAUGGCUCAUCCCACUCACGUGCUCAAUUGGGAGGAAGUCACACUGGAUGAGGAUACGACUUUUGAGGAUCAGCUAAUGGAAAUCCAGUAUCAUGGAGAAAAGGUUACCAGAGGGCGAACAAUCAAACUAGUCAGGGUUUUAUGGCGACACUGCGGACUAGAGGAGUCAACUUGGUAA